ACGUUUGUUGAGUCGCGCUGUGUUUUUCCUGUCUUGGUCUGCAGGGGGCGGUGUGAGGACAUGGGGCAGACGGAUGAACACAAGCCCUCGAAGAAGGUGAAACAUCGCCCCUUGAAUGCAGGGGCCCCAGAGAAGGAGGCGCAUGGCGAGAGCGCGGAGGGCCGGGCCGGGAGAGGAGAGGCUAGCCAGCAGGGCCCAGGCCCGGCUCAGCUCAGCGUGGACAAGGCGGACCUGUCUCUGCUGGUCACCCCUGUUUCGCUGCUGGAGCCCGGGGCGCCAAAUGCAGACGCUGCCCAGCUGUCCUUGUGCAUGGCCAAGAGAGCACUAGAGUCUGAGGAAGGCUGGAGCAGAGCCCAGAGGUGUGAGUUCCAGAAGACCCUCUACAUCCUUCCCCCGACAACACCCCCCGCCUUUCCACCUGCGUUUGUCGGAGAGGAGGGCUUCGAGGGGGGCCAGGUACCCCGGUUUCGGGACCCAGGCGGGUACCCCAGUCAGCUGCGCUCCCCUGUCUGCCUCACCAACCAUCUGCUGAACCCUGACUUUCUGGCACCCCCUUACACCCCGCCACCCAUGCUGAGCCCCCUGCGCCCGGGCACUGGCCUGUACUUCGGCACGCUGACGCACACCCCGCCGAGCCGGCCGCUGUCGGGCACCUACACGGCGACGCUAGAUGCAACGGAUGGGAUUUUCCUCGUUAUGGAUGACACCAUCAUCACCAUAGAGCCGCGCAUCAACGUGGGCGUGCGCUUCCAGGCCGAGAUCCCGCCCCUCUGCAGCCCCCUUCUUGUGCUGCAGGAGGAGCACCCCGCCCAGCUGGUCUGGACCCCCUGGGGCGACAUUUCCCACAAUGCAGUCACGCAGCAUCGGGUGACGGAGUUCUUGGAGUUGUGUUGUUGCAGUGCGAUGCCAGGAGGGGGCACUAAUACAGAGCUGGCACUCCACUGUCUGAACGAGGCACAGGGGAACAUCCUGACUGCUGUGGAACUGCUGUUGAUGCAGGGAGCCCGGCGCUCUCCCUCACACCCGCUGUGGGACUACCACUAUGCAGGCUCAGACCACUGGAGCUCCCGAGAGAAGAAGCUGUUCUGCAAGGCUCUGGCCACCUACGACAGGGAGUUCCAGCUCAUUCACAGCAUGCUGAAGAGUAAGUCGGUACCUCAGUGCGUGGAGUAUUACUACACCAUGAAGAAAAAGAAGAAAUUCAAGCGGCGCAGUCGAGAAGCCCAGCGACAGCAGGGCUACUCUAGGAGGGAGUCCCCAUGCAGCCCCCAGAAACCAGGAGUAGAGGGAACAGGGAGCCCCCAGAAGAGCAUGGAAAGACAGUGCAGGCUGCCAGGGAGCCGGCCUGCUGCGGGGGGCGCUAGGAAGCACUCCUGCAAUGCGUGUGACAUUGACACUGGAAACAUCAAGAGCCGGAGUUCUCACCUGAAGGUUCAGCAGCAGCAGGAUAGUGUGUCCCCUUCUUGGAACAGCUGGAUUAACCAUGACCAGGAGGAAGAGGAGGAGGAGGCAGGGCUCAGUCCCGGCUCAGAUGUCACAUGGAGCCCCUUCUUCCUCCAUCAAAGCAUCCUGUUCAGAGUCUGCCCAGCAACCCCUGGGUAUUUAACAGCUCCAAACCAAACUGCAAGGCGGGCACCUGCAGUAUGGAGAGGACCUGUGCACUCCAGCCUCUGAUGCCUUCUGUCGGAGCCUUACAGGGGAAACAGCACCAGUUGGGGGGGGGCCCUCGCUGGCAGCCCUGAAGAAUCAGGGGGGCCCUCCCUGUCGAGGGCCAGGCAAAGGCCUUGGUGGAAAGCUAUUUUCGGAGGUGUGUACGCACAGGUCCUUACCCCCUUCCCAGCACCGCGGAGAGAAUCACAGCAGUAAUCUUGACAGACUGACACCUGGAGACCUGGAGGUUGCCAGACGGGUAGGAGGGCAAGGGGAGAUGUAUUUUAAAAAAAAAUAGGCAGCUCUGUUUUUGUAGGAAGAGGAUUAGUCCUUUUCAAAACACCCUACAUUUGUAUUUGGAAGUGAUAUUGCUGCCCAGUUCUACUGUUAGUGUAAACCAGUUGUAAUGCAGGGAAGACAGAACUCCAGAAGACCAGAUAUCUGGUAUAUGCCCAUGAAUCUCCAAGACACUUUUCCUGGUUUCCUGGAAGAACAUACAACUUCUGGCACUGUCCACACAACACAGCCUGCAGUGCCUUUCCAAAGUACCUGCUCCGCCAGCACUGGCAGUCUCCAUAAAACAUCAUCUUUUUAACAACAGCCUAAAACUGAAAUAAAUCAAAACAACCAAUUUCCUUAACAAACCAAAUGGUUUGUUGCAUUAAAAACAGAAGUGUGGAAUUUGGCUCUCAAUCUUUUGGGGCUGAGUUGUAAUUCUUUGCUACCACCCAGAAAUCUAUUUGUCGUGUAGGCUUGUUACUUCAUGCAGCGCCUGAAUAGUUCACACAGGCUCUCUGUGAGCAAUCAUAUUGAUCAGGUUGUUCAUUUCACCAAUCAGACCUGGUAAGCAUGUGAUCAAGGGAGUCUGGAAAUAUGUGGCUAUAUAAAUUAACAAAAGACAAAAAGAGACCAAAAACCCGGAUAGCUAAAAUGCACGGAAUAAAAGAUCGAAAUAAAUGACGAUCUCCAGGUUUCUCGGAAGUGCUGAGCUGCUGGUGGAUUCUGGGACAGGUUGACUCUUUAGUUUUAGUUUCCUUCUGUUCUGCAGCAGCUGCAGAGUUUUGCCGCAGUUCCAGCGGUGUCGAGUACGCGCUCUCGGCUCGUCCUGCAGUCUGGGCUGCCUCUCCUGCACGGGGCCACACAUCCCGUGGCAGCGAGAGACCCUCGCCGUCGCCCCCAGCCGGGGACAGGAACUGCAGGGUGUCAACAGAGACACGGGAUUGGCACCGGAAGAGAUGUUCUAGAGAUCAGGAGGCGAUCGAUCACCUCGGCAGGAGAGGGACCGAACAUGGAGUGCCACGGGAAUAGACUACUGUGUGUUGUUUUUUUACCUUGAGAAUUUCAGGACCUUUCUAUGUUGUGAAUCUCUUUUCAUUCCUGUAUUCCAGAUGCCUGUUAUCUCCAUAGCCUUGAUGAAUGUUUAAACCCAGCAUUGGUUCAGAGAGAUCUAAUCUUGUUCAUCUUGUUGAUGCUGAUUCGUUUUGGUUCAAUUUCUUGUUUCUCACUGUACUGUUCUUAACAAAAUAAAUAAUAAUGAGCUCUACGA